AAGGUACCCGAAGAGGGUCCAUGCUCCUCGAUCUGCCUUCACCAAUCGAGACGUCAUGAGGUGUGACAUCUGCCCUGUGGCCCUUCUUCUUCACUGCGUUUCCUUCACCUCUUAACCUCUAGUCUCUUUCUCGUACACGUGAACGCCAUCAUACCUCCAAGGUUCAUCUCACUCUUCAUCUAAAGCCACAUCUCCUCUACACAUCACAUCAUACUUUCCCAGCUUAUCCAUCGUCUGCAGGCUAAUAGGCCUCUCCUAUUUCCCGGAAUAACGGCUUUAUCGAUCCGAACAAUGGCUUCUCGAGCCACUCGAGCAUCCAAAGCGGCAGGGACUGCCAGCUCUCAGCCUCUGUCGACCACAGUGAAGCCUGAGCCACAGCAACUUUCAAGCCCUCCGCCGACUCCAGCACCUCCCAAGAAAAGAGGAGCCCGAAAUGGUGCCUCCACAGAAAGCGGUCCCAUCACACCAAAAAGCACUCGCAAACGGACGAGGACUGUUGUGAAGAAAGAGGAGGACAUCAACGAGCUUCCUCAUAACCUAGGCGCCGUUGGAGGAACCCUGAGCGAUGCAGUUCCCCAAACUCCCAGGUUGCCUCCCGCGAAACGACGGAAAUCAGCCAAAGCUCAGAAAGACGACGCAGAAAUUGAAGAGAAUGUAGAGUCGUUGUCGGCCAAAGUAUUAUCGACAGGCACCCCAUCAACUUCUCCAAAGAAGAAGAACAACUCCUACGGACUCGUGCCUGGUCAAAGCCCAUACCCAAACUGGCCUCACCCCACGGCAGAAGAGUGCCACGAAGUCAGCCGUCUCCUAUCUUCAAUACACGGAAAAGUCAAGCCGCCGGCCACCAUUCCAAUCCCCUCGCUCACAGUAUCCGGUUGUGGGGAAGUCCCCUCUGUGCUCGAUGCCCUCAUCCGCACCCGCUUGUCGGCCGCAACGUCUGGUACAAACUCAUCCCGUGCAUUCGCUGGUCUAGUCUCACGGUUCGGCAUACUGCAAGAGGGUGUUGGCAAAGGAAGCGUCGAUUGGGAUGCGGUGCGACGUGCCGACGUGAAGGACAUUUUCGAAGCGAUCAAGUCAGGAGGCCUCGCAGACGUCAAGAGCAAGGACAUAAAGGCUAUAUUGCAGAUGGUAUGGGAGGAAAACGAAGCACGAGCUACCUCCCUUACUGAUUCCUCGGCCGGCCCAGCUGGCGUCGAGAAGGAAGCCCGCGAAGAGAAGGACGUGGAAGUCGCACGCGCUGAAGAAAGCGUACUGAGCCUGGAUCAUCUGCAUCUGUUUUCGACCGAUGACGCUUUCAAUGCCCUCACGAAGUACCCCGGAAUCGGACCCAAGACGGCCUCUUGCGUUCUUCUCUUCUGCCUCCAGCGGCCGAGCUUUGCAGUCGAUACGCACGUUUUCCGGCUAUGCAAGUGGCUCGGUUGGGUUCCGCCCCCAGGUGACCCUGCUGGUCUCGGCCCAGCUAUUGACGAAGUCGAAGGCAAGAAGAAGAAGAAGGGUGUCUUUGCUGGUCCGACCAGAAACUCGACGUAUGCGCAUCUCGAGGUUAGGAUACCAGAUGAUCUCAAGUAUCCGCUGCAUCAGUUAUUUAUAAAACACGGGAAGACAUGUCCAAGGUGCAGAGCGAUAACAGGCGAGAGCAGCGUUGGUUGGGAAGAAGGAUGCGUCAUUGAUCACCUGGUUACCCGAUCUGGUGGUCGCAAGGAGGGUGCUGGUAGCCUCGUCAAGGGCAAGAAAGCUUCUCUUACACCCAAACGGAAGAGCAAGAAGGCCGUGGAAAGCGAUGAGGAGAGCAGUGAUUUGAGUGAUCUGGGAAGUGAUGGUGAAGAGAGCGAGUUUGAAGGUUACGUACAGAGCACUGGGAGACUCCGUGGAAACAUGAACUGCUACCUGGGUACAACAUAGUUAGAUAGCUCGAUUGGUGCAAAUCUAGUCUCUGUUGUCAUCUUCAUAUAUACAAUAUCAAGUCACCAGUCGUUUCACACUUGCAACUUGUCAACGCUUGCCGCA